UGGCUAAUGAAAGCAUUCUCGAGGAGCAAGGGAAGCAGGGGAGAGGAAGGGCUACGGAGGGGCAGGGAUGCGGAACAGAACCGGUCUAGUGCUCUGUGCCCUUGUCCUCCUGACGGGCUUCCUGAUGAUCUGCCUGGGAGCCUUCCUCAUUUCCUCAGGAUCGAUGUUCAACUGUCGAGGGAACCUGAUCCUGGCCUAUAUGCUUCUGCCCCUGGGGUUUGUGAUCCUUCUGAGUGGAAUUUUCUGGAGUACCUACCGCCAGGCCAGGGAAAGCAAAGGGGUGUUCACGCACGUGCUCAGACGACACCUUGCUCACGGGGCACUGCCCCUGGCCACAGUCGACAGGCCAGAUUUCUACCCCCCUGCGUAUGAAGAGAGUCCUGAUGCGGAGAAGCAACCCUGUCCGGCAGAGGGAGAGGCCUCGGAUGUCCCUCCACCUGUGUACACAGAGAUGGGCCUUGGAUUCGAGGAUGCACCUGACGCCCGCCCAGAGGCCCCACCUUCCUACGAGGAGUCCGUGGCAGGCGGGGUGGCGACAGCCACACCAUUUGCAGGACGCUCAGGAUGCUGAAGCAGGAGAUACUCUCUAGUGCUUGGGAUGCACCCUCAUGGGAUACGGCUGCUGGUAGUAAACGCGGGCACUGGACGACGGGAGGGAAAGGGUCUUCAGGGACCCUCAUGAGCGCACGCCGAGGAGAUGCGGGAAAUGACAGCAUUACGGUUUCCCGGACGUGCUUUGGUCUGCAAGGGCAGCGUGGGGUCCCGGAAGAGUGUGGUGGACAGCAAGCCACAUUUCGAAGGAUCCCCACUAAUCCCAGCCCAGUUGGGCUUUUGGACUGCCGUUUGGAGCUGUGCCCCAAGAGGCUUCUAGCUCUCACUCAACCCCCUCCAGCACCCCAGCCCCCAACGGGGAGAACAGGUGCUGCUCAUGGACAGCCAUGGGCUUUCAGGUACAUUACCCAACAACUGCAAGAAGAAAGUGUGCUGGAGACGAAGGGUCAUCAUCCCGUUUAAUUUGCAGGUUUUGGGGGCUGGCUUUGCAGCUCCCCCCCGUUUACCCUAUUAACCAGAGUGACAGCGUAAUAAUUCACCUUGCGGGAGGUUUCCUCUUGGAAGCCACGAAUGUUACUUUGUAUGACUUUCUUUUAAUUGUGUGUGUGUGUGGUUUCUAUGUGGACAGCAACUGUAAUAUUUGCUUUCAAAAUGGCUGGAACACAGAAUUUUGAAGGAAGAUCUUAAAAACGGGAUGGUUGUACCAGCAGAGAGGACAAGAUUUCUCAGGCACUCAAGUGGAACAGACUUAAAAAUUCAUAAGGCACAGAAUUUAGGGGAAGAAACUGUAUUAGCCAUAGGUUGUAUGAACCUAGAUUUUGAUGUGAAUCUUGAAAAGCAUUAAAAUAUACAUGUAUAUUUCAACAAA